UCAUAUAUAAAGUAGAUAUAGUUAUAGUUAAUUAUUUUAUGUAAAAAGAAGACCUACUCGAUGGCUUAAUGUUUAGAAAAAAUUAAGAAUGCUGGCUGCUAAAAAUUUUGUUGUAACCGUGCGAGUCCGCCCAUUGAAUGACUUUGAAAUUAAGACUGGCAGGCCACCUGUGGUCAAGUUGCUGGAUUCGCACGUAAUCUGCUUUGAUCCGCAGCCCGACGAAAAACCUGUUUCUGCCCGUAGGAAAGGUGUAAAGCCAACUAUUAUGCGAAGAUCUCGAGAUCUUAAGUAUGCCUUUGACCGUGUCUUUAAUGAAAAUUCUUCUCAGCUUGAAGUCUUCGAAAGUACUUUAAAACCUUUUAUAAACUCAGUUCUUGAAGGCUAUAAUUGCACCUGUUUUGCCUAUGGAAACACAGGGGCUGGGAAGACCCAUACUAUGUUGGGCAAUAGGGAGCAGCCGGGAGUGAUGGUUCUGACCAUCCAGGAGCUCUAUGCCCAAAUGGAAGCAGACGAAGCAAAAAAGUACGACGUCGAGCUCUCUUACUUGGAGGUCUACAAUGAGUCUUUACGCGAUCUUCUGAGCCCCUCCACCCCGCUCCCGCUGCGGGAGGAUAACGAAAAGGGGAUGGUCGUGGUGGGACUUUCGAAGCAUAAACCUAAGAACGCACAGGAAGUAUUCAAAAUGCUGGAAAAUGGGAACGCACAGAGGACUCAACAUCCGACUGAUGUCAACGCCUGCUCUUCGCGCUCGCACGCCGUUUUUCAGAUUCUAGUGAAUCAGAGAGACCGCGCCGAAAGCUUGCAAAGCACCGUCAAGUCUGCCAAACUGUUGCUGAUCGACUUGGCUGGUUCGGAGAGGGCUACUAACACCACGAAUCUCGGCGAACGGCUGAGGGAAGGAGCCAACAUCAACAAAUCUCUUCUUGCACUGGGAAACUGUAUCAACGCUUUGGUCACUAGUAGCAAAAAUGGAGGCGAGGGUCGGCGGUGUUACGUUCCUUACCGCGAUAGCAAGCUCACGCGACUACUGAAGGAUGCUUUGGGCGGCAACUGCCGAACGGUGAUGAUUGCAAAUAUAAGCCCGAGUAGCUUGUGGUAUGAAGAUACGCACAACACCCUCAAGUACGCCAACAGGGCGAAAAACAUCAAGGCGAGCGUAACGUGCAACAAGACACUGGUCGACAAACACGUCAGCCAGUAUGCCGAGCUGGUCAAAGCGCAAGAGAUGGAGAUACACAGGCUGAAGAUGCGUUUGCAGCUCUACGAGGCCGAAAGCUCGAAGGCAGAAGUCCUAAAGUCGGACUCUCCGGCCUCUCUCGCCUCUUUUGAUUAUUUUUCUGCCCUUCGCAGCGAAAUAGUGGGAGCGCUUCAAAACUACUGCUCUAUUAAGGAGCAAAUAAAAGCCAUUCAAGCACGAAAGCUCGAGGCGCUGACUGCACGAGGGCGGAUCAUGCGGGAAAAGUUUUCCCAUGCUUUUUCUAAAAAAACACUCGCCAUAGAGAAAGUCUGCCACGGAUCGACCGACAGGGAGUUGGCCCAACUCACAUGCCAACUGCAGUGUAAGCACGAGGAGUUAAGGUCUCAAGAAGCGACGCUGCAGAUAUUGGAGGACAAAAUCAUAAAGGAGGUACACAAUCGGAAUCAGCAGGGGCUGCUUUUGCUGGAGUUGAAAGGAGAGCUUUUGCGGCUCGAGCGGAACACGCCCCCAUUAGACAUCUGUUUAGCUGCUGUCUCUAAUGAACUGCAAGAGUUCGACAAGUUUCUACAAGCUCUCAAAGAUCCCGGCCAGCCUCUGCCACCAUCAUUUCCUAUCGGUUCCCUAAAAGCUGACGGUUUCCAGAACGACAGUGAAGGCUGCCGUAAUGAGACAUGUCCUGAAAGAUUGCGAGUAGAAAAGACACACUUUGAAGAGGCGCCCAAGAUAUGCGGCGAGAAGGUUCCGAGCUCCAUUUUGCGCCUGCGCUGUUCAGACAACUAUAAAACGGCUUCCUCCGAUCGACAUGACGCAAAGCUGCGGAAGACCGUCCGCUUCAAUAUCCCAGAGAUUCCUUCUUUCAUGCGGCCCACUUCUUCGUCGAAGGCCAGGCAGAACAGUAGAGCGUUGAAGGAAAAUAUCUUGCGCCCGCAGUCCCCCUCUCGCGUCUCUCGUAUAUACUCGGAAUCUGUCCUAGAAAAAAUGCUUAGUCCUUCGAGGGUCUCUGCGAAGUCUAUAGAAAACCUUAACGGCGCUAAUUUGUCGGCAGCCCGAGUAAUUGCGGCAUCCGGCGCGCGGAAGGCCCUCUCCCAGAAACGAGUCUGCGGUAUCAACAGGAAGUUUUAGACUUUGCCGCCUUUUCUUUUCAAAGUAGGCAAUGCAUGUGGUCAACUGCUUUGAUGUCACGUACCUCCUCAGUAGAUCUAAUUACUUAAUGUGCUUGUAGCCUUUUUAAUAUUCUUUUU